AUGAAAUUCUACGAACACUCCUUUAACUACGACUACACCUUCCCUGCCGUGACUUUGGCAUAUUUCCUGCGCUAUCCGAAUCCUUACUCCAGGCAUGUGCUCAGCUCCGACGUAAUCGACCGCUACAUCGAUCCCGAGACCAACCGACUACAUACUGUACGACUGCAUCUGAAAAAAUCCAAAGUCCCCGCCGGCAUCCUCAAAUUCCUUCCUCGUGGCCUUGCCGGCCCGGGUGGUGCAAGCCAGAGCUAUGUCCUGGAGAAGAGCACCAUUGACAUCAAUGAAGGAUGGAUGGAAACAGAGUCUAAAAACAUGGAAUGGACCGGGAUCUUGAGCGUUGUGGAACGGCAGACAUAUAAACGCCAGCGACUGUCCGAGAUUUCAUCUGCCAGUCGAUCGGCCGAUGACCUCCAACCGCAGAGACACAAAGAGACCACCACAUGCAAGACAGUGGUGACGUUCGUAUCACAUCUGGGCCAGAACAAGUUAUUGAGCCGGAAACGGCAAGAACACACCGCAAAUGGCGAAGAAGAUGCGCCAAAGCAGGGCCUGUUUGCCGCAUGGUCGACGGCUGGCAUUCAGCGGACCAUCGAGCUCAUUGGAGUCAAACGGACCAAGACAGCUCUGGUUAACGGAAAAGAAGGGAUGAACGUCGUCUUGGAAAGACUCCGGAACGGCGGUAUCGUGGGUGUCCUCGAAGGCAUGAGAAGAGAUCGGAUGGAAGCGUUGGGGCCAGAGGGAAGCUGA